CAGUGCUGCUAAUCCGGUACCCUGAUACCACAGGGAUGGACUGUGGCAGCACCCCAAGCCGGGAUGCUGCGGCAGGAGGACGGCGCAGCCCCAGUACCCUGGGGCCACAUCCUGCCCAGCACGGAGACACCGUGGGAGGCCUGCAGCAAGGGCUGGGCCCCUGGGCAAAGGGAUAACAGGGCCUUAGCAAUGCCGCAGGGUCAGAGCAUCCCCAUCCCCUUUCCUGGGUGGUCAAGCCCCAUUUCAGGGGGCCACCAGCUUCAGCAUCAGACCGCUGGCACCUGCGAGUUUCCCAGGCAGCCCUGUGGGCGCCAGGCCCUCCCUUGUCGCCGCCAAGGGCAGGAAGCACCAGCCCGGCCGCCACGGACUUUGGACCCUGGCGGCAUUCGGAGGCGCCGGGGCAGAGGAAGGGACUUUUCCUGUUUUCCGGCACAAGGGAAAAUUUUUGAACCCCCCUCUUCCGGGUCCCAACACCCCCUCGCCACCAGAUCUGAGCACCGGGAAGGUGCCGGCUUUCCUCGGCAUGUUCAGAAACCAACCCUGCAGCGUCGUGGGGAGUCUCCAGUGGCUGAUAUAGGGUUGCGCUCCGGCCCAUCGCUGGUGGAGGGUGGACGCGGCGUGCGGGGUCUCCCUGCCGGGGCGGGUGCGUGCCAGGAGCUGUGCAAGGGCCAGCAGCCAUUGUCUUGGCUGUCCCGACCAGGUGCCCUGGGCUCCCUCCCUCAUGGAGUGAGCCAGCACUGGGGUCUCCACGCUGGUCCUGAGCCCCUCACGGGAGGAACGCUGGCCACCGCUGCGAAUAUGAGCGACUUCUGGCACAAGCUGGGCUGCUGCGUCGUAGAGAAACCACAGCCUAAGAGGAGGAGACGAAUCGACCGCUCCAUGAUCGGGGAGCCCAUGAACUUCGUGCACCUGACGCACAUCGGCUCCAGCGACAUGGCCGCCGGUGAAGGCCUGCCCAUGACUGGCGCCGUCCAAGAGAUGAGGUCCAAGGGUGGACGGGAGCGACAGUGGAGCAGCUCCCGGGUGUUGUAGCGUUCCUGGCUAUUUCAGCCCAAACUUGAACUGCCUCAUCCCCAAACAGGAGGGGAACAGCCAAACUCGAGCGCUUUAGUCCUGCGGUAAUUUAUGCAAACCAACUCCCACUGGCCUGAGCGUGGUUUUAACAUGUCCUCAGCCUCACACUCGUUGCAACCCGAAGCGCCAGCUGGGGCAGGCGUUUUCCUACUGACCCCUCGUCCUGUGUCCUCAACGUUUCUCCCGGUGGCUUUCGGUCGUCCCCCCGCGAAUCCUUCCCUCCUGGAGGCACAAAAAGGUCGGCCAAAAGGACGCCCUCCUGAACUGCACAAGGAGUGCCAGGUGCAGGCAAAAUGUGCCAAGCCAUCCCAGUUUUCCCCUUUUUGACACCCUGACUGUCAACGAUGGGCCACCGAGUGACGGCCACCCGCGCUGCCUCGGUUUCCCUGGGUGAUGACAGCGAGGCCAGCCUGGAGGAGCACGACGCCUUCUCGGAAAAGACAGAAAAGAGCAAAAAACGGAUUAAACCCAGACCCUGUGGCGUCUCCCAAGGCAUCACCUCAGCUUCGGCGGUGGCAAUGAGCUCGCGUUUCCUUCCAGUCUUCAGCGGGUGUUUCUACCACCGACAAACCUGCCCUUUCCUUCUUUUUUAGGGUAUUUUAUAAGCUCAAAAAGCACCUCCCACCUCGAUGUGAGAUUGCUGCCAGGGUUUAACCGGGACCGGCCGAGGCAGGACAGGGCCCAAACCCAGCUGCUACCCCGGGAAGGAGGGACUCGCUUGGGCUCCCAAAUUCAGGCACGCGUGUAUAUAGUAUAAAUAGCACCAGCUGGGGUUGAGCUGCAGCGGCACGCUAGCCACCACACUUCCCACACUGUCCCCUGCACAAAAGUCACACCGAAAUCAAGCCACUGUCUUGCACGGGGCACGGCGCCUGCUGGGUAUUGCGGCCCCAGCAGCAACAGCUUUUUCCCCUUCGCGGCACAGGAAAUCCCGGCACCACAGGUCACACGGAUCCUGGCGCCGCUCCCACGCGGGGUAUUUCCAGCCACACAGCGCGCCCGGCCUUUGUAAGCGAGUGCGAAUGCUUGAGUCAGUUUUUUCCCCCCCUCCGGAAAACACACAAAGAAAAAACCCACACUUGAAAUAAAACCCUUGUGCUGGCCCAAGAAGCGAA